CUCGAAUUCCCCUGCUCAAUACCCACCGAGCGUGCGCCCAUCCGUCCGUCCACCGCCUCCUGACUCCUGAGCGCUAUAAAUCCGACGUGAUCUCUCCAUCUUUUCUCCGCACCGGAUUGAACUUGCCGAGACAGAUGGCGGAGACCAAGAUGACGUUGAAGCUCCUCGUCGACAAAUCCUCCGACAGAGUUCUGUUCGCAGAAGCCGGAAAGGAAGUCGUCGAUUUUUUUCUCGGUCUCCUAAAUCUACCGCUAUCCGCCGUCAUAAAGCUCGUAACCGAGCAGGACACCAUGGUCGGCUCCAUCGCCAACCUUUACCAGACCGUACACACUUUAGAAGAGUCCUACUACCAAUCUUCUCAUUCAAAAUCCGCCAUCCUAAAAGUAGCAAACUCCCAUCCUCCCUCCGUCUCUUCCAAAGGCCUUCUUCUCAUCGGAACCUCGGCAGUCGGCACCGAGGGCUACGUGAAGGGCGUGGUGACGUACACGAUCACGGACGACCUCACUGUGACGCCCAUGUCUUCCAUCUCUAGCAUCACUAUCCUCAACAGGUUGCACGUCAAGAAUCUUGCUGCUCUGCAAGAGCAAACUGUGACGCUCGGUCUCGAACAAGGCGUUGAGCUGCUGAAGGCGUCUCUCCAGUCAAAGACUGUGCUGACGGACGUGUUCUUGAGCCAGCACGAAGUUGCUAGAUGCUAAUGACAAACUGUACCUUAGACUUAAUUUUGUUUAAUCAUGAGGUUUAAUGAAAUAAAAAAAUGUGGGGGGUAUGCGGAAAUGUGAUGGCGUAACUAAUCGAACAAGGGUGUUUAUGGAA